AACUGAUUACUCCGCAUAAAUUUUAUCAGCGGCAACACCUCGGGAUUCACAAACCCUGGGAGUUUAGCGAAUUCUGUUGCCUUUCCUGCGAGCAGAGAGUCCAUUCCCGUUCUCUUCAACUUGGAGUUUUUGGUUUUCUUUUCCAUUGGACUGAAAUGAGUGAUCUCUAAAAUUUCCAGAAGAUGACUUCCGAGUCCAAAGUUCAUUCCUUUGAGGAGGUUUCUAAGCACAAUAAGAAAGAUGAUUGCUGGAUUAUAAUCUCUGGAAAGGUGUACAAUGUAACUCCAUAUCUGGAUGAUCAUCCUGGAGGCGACGAUGUCCUCCUAACUGCAACGGGAAAGGAUGCAACCAAUGACUUUGAAGAUAUCGGGCACAGCGAUGAUGCGAGAGAGACAAUGAAGAAAUACUAUAUUGGUGAUAUUGACACCAACACUCUGCCAGAUAAACCCGCAUACACUCCACCUCCGACAUCCUCUGCACCUAAGCAAAAAUCGGGAGGUAUGAUGACACUAUUGCAAUUCUUGCUGCCUUUACUGAUAUUGGGGUUGGCGGUUGGAUUCCGGUACUUCAACAAGAAGGAAUAGAGACGACGAUGAUGAUGAUGUGGCGAUAUGUUAUUGUGUUAUCUCAUUAGUUUAUGUCAAAGUGAAGUAAACUAAAAUUUCAGAGUGUUGGUAAGAGGGAAUAAAAAUGGGGUUUGCCAAUAAGGUUAGAUUUUGGUAAGUGGUUUUAUUGGAGUAGUUGUCUAAUUGUUUUGUGUUUAGACUUUAGAGGGAAGAAAAAUAAGGUUUACCAUUUAUGUUUGAUUGUGUUGUUAAAUUAUUGCAAUCCCUAAAUAUGCAGGGGGGGUGGGGGUUUCUGGUGGCUUAUUUAAGCUUGAGAUUAUUGUUGGUGAUAUUGCUUUUGGGCCUUUAGCCAAUAAUGUCCAAUACUUUAAGACACUGUUCUUUACAUCUGUGUGACCUUUUGGGCCAAAUUAUAUUGGCCUAAUUAUAUAAGUCCACGUUGCAUUUUA